AUGGAUGAUCAAGCACCUAAUAUAGCUAUUCGCAGGCUUGUACACAUACACACGAAGAAGACAGUCUGCAAAGUCCUGUGUCACAUCACCCUACAGAGGUUAAAGAAAGAAGUUAAUAAGUUACUAAGAGACGAACAGGCCGGUUUCAGACAAGAGAGAUCAUGUAUUGACCAAAUUGCCACAUUAAGAAUCAGCAUUGAGCAAACCAUUGAAUGGCAGACAUCCCUAUACUUAACAUUUGUAGAUUUCGAGAGGGCCUUUGAUAGUAUAGACCAUCAAGUACUAUGGAACAUCCUUAGACAUUAUGGAAUACCCGAAAAAAAAAUCAUAUCCGUCAUCAAACAGCUCUAUGACGGUUUGACAUGUCAAGUGAGCCAUGCAGAGACUCUGACAGAUCCAUUUCAAGAGGAGGAAUCUACGUCAUUACGCAGGGUGUCGGCGAUUGAAAUUGGACCACCAUCUUGUCGCUUCAAAAUAAAACUAAUGGUCAGGAAAAGACGCAAAUCAAACUCAAAUUUGUGCAGGCGGAAACGAUCGCGAAUACAACCUGAUGUUGACCAGCCGACCAGAUCGCCCACUAAAUCGCCAUCCGUAAUAAAAUUAAAACCAUGA